ACCUCCAUCUUCUACGUCUUCAGUAUAUUUGUUCCUGAGGCUCUGGAUCCCUACAUCAACGCCUCCAAAACGGUCCUGAAACAGGGCGAGACGCUGAACAUCAACUGCACAGUUCAUGGAGCGGAGCUCGUCUUCUUCCUUUGGGACAUUCCCAACAAAGACGCAGGGGGCGUUGAGCUCUUUACUGAUGUCCUGUCGUCCAGGAGGAUGCGGUCCUAUCUCAGCAUCACAGACGUGUCUCUGGCCAGAUCAGGACAGUACGUUUGUAACGUGCAUGAGGGUGUGCAGAACCAGAAAGCUUCAGCUAGUAUUAACAUCACUGUACUGGAGAAAGGAUUCGUGGCUCUUUCUUCUCAUCUGGACAGGAACGUCUCGGCGCAGCUUGGAGAAAACGUGGAGCUGACGGUGGAGAUCCAGGCGUAUCCCAAACCCACCGUCCACUGGACUAAAGACGGCACUGCUAUUAGAGGACACAACACCAGACAGGAAAACGAGACCCGGUUUGUCAGCACACUGACCCUGGUCAGGAUCCGACUGGAGCAGAUGGGUCUCUACACCGUCACUGUCCAAAACGAAGAUGACUUUAAAGACUUGACCUUUGACCUAGAGGUGAAAGGUGAGACAGUUUGACAUCUAUUUACACACCGCCCCAUUUCCUAUAAAACAGACACCCGUUUAAGUCUGGGGCAAGAAUAACACCAGCUGUUGGUAUUACUGUAAACCCUGCAUGUAAUGUAAUGUAAUGUAAUGUAAUGCAGUUUAAUUUAGUUUGGUGUCUGUGAGAUUUUAAAUGCUUUUAAAGUCUUUUAUGCUCAUAGAUGCUGCAUUUAUCUGAUUAAAAAUAUCAUUAUUAAAGUAGCUGUUUUCUAUGUGAAUUUAUUGUAAAAUGCAAUUUAUUCCUGUGAUGCAAAGCUGAAUUUUCAGCAUCAUAACUCCAGUCUUCAGUGUCACAUGAUCAUGUUGGGAUUACUGUGAAACAUAAAAAAAUUU